ACAACAGUUGUCAUCGCCCGUCCUCUCCCCGCAUGGCUUCCUGGAACGAGCGCUGCAAAUCAGAUGUUUCCUGCGCAGGGACACAUCAGCGCGGGAGCUCGCCUGAGCUGCCUCAGACAUCGGACGCCCCUGCCGUUGAUGUCUUGGGGCAAGGUCCGGGCGCUUUGGAGGGUGAAGCAGGGAGACCAGGAAGAUUAGAGCGACUGAGUGGAGCUCCCCAACCAGCCAGGAUGAACAAGAACUGUACUAUGACCAGAAAGUGGAGCGACCCACUAUAUGCGGCCAGCUUCAGCUUUAUCUUUGCCGUCGGCCUCCUGCUGAACACGCUGGCCCUGAUCUUCUUCUUUCGCUUCACCAAGAUCCGCUCGCAGACCACUGUCUAUAUGAAGAACCUGGCAUGCGCCGACCUGCUGUUGCUGAUCACGCUGCCCAUGCGCUGCACCUUCUACUUCACCCGCCAGAACUUCUCACCACUCGUCUGUGAGCUCAACGGCAUCGCCUUGCUGGUCAACAUGUAUGCCAGCAUCUUCUUCCUCACCUGCAUCAGUCUGGACCGCUGUGUCGCCAUAUGCUUCCCCAUGAAGUCACGGCUGAACAGGCUGCGGGGCUGUGCCACCUGCUACAGUGUGGGGAUCUGGCUGGUGGUGGUGGGCGCCAGCCUGCCGCCCUACCUGUUCCUCAAGCUAGGAAAACAAUCGAACGUCUCCUGCUCCUCGUGCUUUGAGCAGUAUCCAAGGUUCAUCACAAUGCGACCCACAAUGGCCGUCACCCUGCUGCUGGGAUGCGGGGUGCCGCUCGCCACCAUUGUGACCUGUUCACUGGCACUGAUCCGAGCCCUGCAGCGUAGCACCGCCAGCCGUAUGGACUGCGUGGACUGGCGCAGGAUCCGCAACAUGAUACUGGCCAACGUGCUCAUCUUCACUGUCUGCUUCGUGCCCUACCACAUAGUACUGCUACUGCUAGGGCUUGAUGCAAACAACGAAACACUUUCAAGUGCCUACUUUGCCACCAUCCCACUCGCCUGUCUCAACACCGUGCUUGACCCGCUCUGCUACUACUUUGCCACUGAGACCUUCCAGAAGAGCUUGAACGUCCAGGCACUCAGGAAUGCGCUGACCUCCAACACCGAGAGCGAGGGGCACCACCACCGUUCCAAGGUCAAAACCUGAGCCCAUCAGGAUGGGCUGUUGGGGGUGGGUAACAAAGGGCCAGAGAGUGGGGCAUAACCAAAAGCAUUGGGUGAAUUCUAUCUCAUCAGACAUAUGGGGGGAGUUCAAUCUUUCGAGGAUUCGAGAUCCUGUCUCCCCAAGAGUCACCUCUCAUCAGGGGAGGUGGCAUAUCUGCUGUCAGGAUGUUUUUUUUUCUCCCCAGAGAGGUUUGGAGAUGGAUAGAUCUGUUCUCCUCGGGGUGGGGUAGGUUAAUCCUAUCUUCAUCCUAGCAAGGGCAAAAGGGAAUGACCACAUGGAAGAUAAGAAAGCAAAUGAGAAAGCCCAACAAAUGCCCCCUUCCCUAAGGAAUUCAAGAGCAAGAAGCAAUUGCACUUUAACUUUGGGGAAGUGGAAACUCUUGAUUCUGUCUACUUGCCAUCGAACAGGCAGUAGUUGGCACACUUUUUAAGACCAGAGUGUAUGUUUGUAAAUUCUUGUACAUUAAAUUGUGUGUUUGAUACCUGGCUUCAAUUAAAUAGCUUGUUCCAUUGCUCUAA